CCUCGCUGCUGUCUUUGAUGCUUCCAUGCAACUACGACACCAAGCUUAUACGGCUUGGUAGACUUAAUUAGUUGAAUUCAGUGUGCGGUACUUGUCUGGUACGCCCGUGAGGCCCUACCAGACACGCCGGCGGCAUGGACGUGAAAGUUUCGCAAUCACACAUACCUGUCUUGACCCCGCGUAAACCACCCAAAUCUUCGCCUACCACUCUAUCCAUUCCAAGUCUCGGGCUUGCUACGCCAUCUAAACACCUUUCUGUGAGUGCUAUCCCAAGCUCCAGCUCGAGUUCAUCCAGUGGGAGCGGCGGCCUCGCUUCUUUCCGCUCGUUCCGCAACCUGUUCUCGACUGCUUCUUCUAAGCAAACAUCCUCAACUUCCAAGAGUACGUUCGCUGGGUUUGGAUCUAUCCGGCGUUCGGCCCAUGGCGAUCGAAACGUCUCAGCCGCUCAAAUGAGCCGGGAAAGCUCUGGUGACGAUUCCCCUGUACUUGAUGCCGACGACACGCAACCGCAGGUAGGGUGCAGCAGAAAUGACGUAGAAUGUAAUGGCGCCAAAACUGGUUUUGAGACACCGGAGCCCUUGUCGUCGCGUUCGUCUUCGGGCUCUUCCCUACACGCUGGACGCGAAAAGGGGCCCCUUACAGUUGUCCCAACAGAUCUCUCUACAAUCAUCGAAGCAGAGAAUUCGGCUCUAUCACGACAUAUACCGAUAGUGGAUGAUUCGCACGACGAUGAGGACGUGAGGAAUAUUCUCUCUGGAAGGGUAUCACCAGCCCCGGGGGCCUCCGAGAAUCGCACACAAACCUCUCGGAACGAGAGCCAUGCAUCGACUUCACAAAGUACCGCCCUCGAUCUGUCCAGCUCGGACGUCCGCACAGAGGUUCUGCGAGCCAUGUCUGGAAAGGACCGCACCGAAGGAUGGCUGCAUGGUGUUGUGGUGGACGACGCUGGCGAUGACCUCGCUGCAGACGAGGCAUCUGCAGCACAUCGCACGUCCGGUGAACCUGACGUCAGUUUCAACCUCGGCGAGCUGGACCCUGACUUAGCAGCAAUUCUGAGCCCUAAUCGUUUCACCGAAUCCGCACCCGUCGCUCAUGCAGCGAUUGGCACUCCUCGUCACCCUGUCUCCGUUGGACAGCCAGAGAGAGGGCGCACGCCGGUGUCUACAGCGCCCCAGCGCGAAUCGGCUCCUCCGCGACGUUCAGCGCUCGCCGGAACGUCGCUCUCAUCAUCCACGCCAAGCUCGCGUCGCCCGGUAUCCUUGUCUACGGUGGGUCCCUCAACCCCGCUCCUGCCCGCGAGCACACGCCUUGCUCGAUCUGCGUCUGAUCGACCGGAACUCUCGCGUCUCGGGCUUGGACCACCUCCCGUGUCCCCUUCUCGUUGCGUUACACACAUGUCUCAUAGCCCAGAACGGCCGUCCACAGCAGGUGCAUCGAGCAGUCCGCCGUCUCGGUUUUCGUUCUCAUCCAGAGAGGAUUACCGCACGCUCCCGAGGCCGCAUACAGUUCUCGAUUCUGAGCCCCGGCGGCCAGCGAUGUCACCUUUCCUCGCACCAACAUGGUCUGGAUCGCAUGUGACACCGGGAGGCACUGUUCGUCCGUCGUCACGAUAUCUUACAAGGACCCCACCACAUACCUACGCGAGUGCACCAGCGUCGCCAACCUCGCGCCCGGCGUCCGCAGCAAGCAGUGGAACGAGCCGUUGGCAGCCGUCACGACUCACCCGCGAUGGCGUUUCGGAAGGCUCGCAGAGGAUUGGACUUCCUUGGACGAGAGAGCGCAGUGCGAGCGCGGUCGAGUAUCAUCUCACUCAGGAACACGCCUCUGUACUAUCUACCUUGAGGCCGCGAACCGCAAAGGCGUUCGCCGCGGCAGGGCUUCUGGACUUGAACAAGGACGCGAACGAUGACACCCAGAGACGGCCAGCAUCACGCUUUAGCAUCCCAAGAGGCAGCAUGGAAGAUCCCCGCUCAUGGCACGCACCAUCGCGCGUGGCGUUCUCCGAGACAGGCUCGAGCACUUCUUGGAGUAGACGCAGUGCCAGUCGCUCGCGCCGAGAGAGCGUCUCGCAUGAGAGCAGUGGGUUGCCAACGGAUGGGAAGUCUACGCCCCGGACGAUGUACUCCGGAGCAUCUACUGCACCUACGUCCGUGACUGCAUCAUCCUCGGCGCAUCUGCAGUCCGAAUUGCAGUCGCUGCAGGACAGACACUCGAUUGAGACGGGCGCGCUGCUGAGCGCUCUUGCAGAUUCACAGCGCACAUCGCGCGUGCUCAGGGAGGAGAACACGCAGCUCCGAGAUCGUCUGCAGGAGACGGAGGAUAAGCUUGCAGCGGCGCUGGAGGAGAUCGAGCGCUUGCGGUACAGCGCGCAGACGAAACGCGUACCGACGGUCUCGCGGCUGGACCGCCCGCAUCGCGUGUCUACGUCCCCCGAUCGGACUGUUAGAACGCCCUACCUGCGCCUGCCAGCACGGCGGCAACAGACUGUUGAUACAUCUGCGGAGCUGCCAUCUUCUCCUGAACCAGCCGUUCCCCUGCCGAAGACGCCUACUGACCGGGACGCGUUUCUAGAUGUGCGCCAGAAGCGCCUGAGCGCGACGUCGUCGCUGUUCCCGGUGUUGCCCAGUAAUAUGUCUAUGCUCAUGCAUGAGGAGGGCAUCGCGCCCGAGCUGUGCGGCGCACUCUCGAGCAGUCAUGGAUCACCGCGUACGCCGCCGAUGACGCUCAAGGAGUUGAAUAGCGCGCAGACGCAGACGCCGGGCAAUAUCUCGCCGACUACGGAAAAUUUCUCGAUGACUACGGGCUCGCCGGCCAGCUUGAAUCUGCGCCCCGAGCAUGAGCUGCACUUGCAAGACAUGUCGGAAUUUGAUCUUUCUUCGGAUUACGAUGCUGAGGAUGGGUAUCGUUGACCCUCAAGGUUUUUUCGAAGGUCUGAUCGUUCUUAUGUGUUUAUCGAUUCGUGUUGCAUUACUUUUGGGACUUUGUGCCACAGUUCAAACGUUCAGCCUUCGUCUUAUACAUACCACACUUAUACCCCCGCAUAUCUGCACAUCGCUUUCACAUUCACAAUAAUUGUUUCUUCCUGUGCAAAUACUCUCAGCUCCUUGCUAUCGCAUCUGCGCUCGCUAUCGUUUCUCCGUCAAUCCUUGCCAUGUCUUCCUGUGUUGUACUUGCAUGUAUAUCAGUCAAAGGACCGGAAUUUCCAUGAUUUCUGAUGGUUGACAAAGAAGUCCAAUUCGUCUUGGCAAGAACGAUCAGGAAGCCUCGAGAGUGAACUUUUGCGUCCCUUCCUCUCUACUCUUGGUGUUCCUUGUCGUCCACUAUUCGAAGGCAGUCGCUCCCCACAUU